GAGGCUGGGAUUUCUUUUAAAACACCUCCUCCCUCUUUCCCUUAUUUUUUUUUUUAUUUGUGCACUUGUUCCUCCUGAGGCAUCUUCACUGUCUUUUCCUAUUAGUGGAAGCUGCUGAGAGAAAUCAUUUCCUCUCGUAUCCUCGCCCGGAGAUACACAGAAACUUGUCUCUUCCUUUACAUGUGCCCUGCUGCUGUUUUAUCUCAACACCAGAGUCACGAGGAAACUGUAGCCGACAUAACGCAGAAAACAAAAAGGCAGAAGUAUAUAUGACGAAGCAUUGGAGAGAGUGUUUCUGUCCCAGCCUCCAAUGGCCUUCCUGCCCGAUGCCUUAGUCCAGGUAUGACCAUCACCUUCAAAAAAUCCAGCCCUCAACCUGCUUCCUCUUCGUACAACGUCACAAGUCUCAGAUCCGCUGUGGCGCAAGAUGGAUGAGAUCGAAGGCCUGCGGUUGAAGCGCUCUACUGAGGACUCUCUGUCUCUGGCGUCCUCCUUGGUGGAGCCCAUCAACCUAGAAGACUCCCAUUAUGCUGCGCUGCGAGGUGAACUUGAGUCCGAUUCUCAGAAUUUGGAGGCAGAGUCCUGGAGCCUGGCUGUGGACCAGAACUACCUGAAGGACCUGAGCAAAGAGGCUAUUAAAAGACAGGAUGUCAUAUAUGAGUUGAUCCAGACAGAGAUGCACCAUGUACGCACCUUAAAAGUCCUUCUUCAUGUCUACAUGCACGAGCUGAAGCAGUCUCAGCUGAUAGAGGUCCGUAAGUUGGAUUGGCUCUUCCUUAGAGUGGAAGCCCUGCUCAUCCUCCACCAGCACUUCCUCAACUGCCUCAAAAUGCGCCAAAAUCAAAGUCAGGAGGAAGGAAACUCAAACAACUACUACAUAACACAGCUGAGUGACAUCCUCAUCUCUCAGUUUUCAGGUACACUGGGAGAACAAAUGAUGGAGUGUUACAGCAUUUUUUGCAGCCAUCAUAGUGAGGCCAUCAGCUUCUAUAAAGAGCAGAUGCAGAACAGCAAGAAGCUGCAGAUCCUUAUUAGAAAAAUAGGUCAGCUGCCAAUAGUGCGAAGGCUGGGAAUCUCUGAAUGUUUCCUGUUGGUGACUCAACGCAUCACAAAAUAUCCUGUUCUGGUGGAGCGGAUCAUACAGAACACUGAAGCUGAUACAGAUGAGCACAAGUCUCUGGUAGAAGGUCUGGCGUUGAUUAAAGACACCAUCUUCCAGGUGAAUGCUCAGGUCAGUGAAUAUGAGAAAGCAGCUCGUCUGAAAGAGAUCAGCCUGCGUCUGGAGUCGAAAUCUGUGGGCCGGCUGAAGAACAACCAGCUGUUCCGCAGAGAGGAUCUGAUACAAGACAAUAGAACACUGCUACAUGAAGGCACCGUAACCUGGAAGUUGCCUGGUAGACAGAAAGACAUCCAUGCUGUGUUGCUGUCAGAUGUGCUCCUCCUCUUACAAGAGAAAGAUCAGAAGCUUGUAUUUGCUGCUGUGGAUAACAAACCAUCAGUGAUCUCCCUUCAAGGACUGAUAGUCAGGGAAGUGGCCCUGGAUGAAAAAGCCAUGUACCUCAUCUGUGCAUGUACCUCCAGCAUGCCGGAGUUGUACCAGAUCCAAACAGGCUCCAAAGAGGAAUGCAUCACUUGGACGACCCUCAUACGAGAAGCUGUGGAGUGCCAUCGUGAGGAGGAGGUGUACCACGAUCUACUUGCUAGACUGCAACAUGUUCAAGACAGUCUAAAGGCGAGGGAUGACCUGAUAAUGCAAAGUCUGACAGAAAAGCAGCAGAUCUUUGCUGCUCUCUAUGAGGAUGUGACCUCCCAGGAAACCCCCCACAAAGGGCUGCUGCUCCGAGGAGACACAGCAGACCUCCGGCAGGGAGAGAUGCUACUUAAUGGAGCCAUCAAUGAGGUGGAAACCCUGCAGAACCUGCUCUUCUUGAGGAUAAGAGACCCAAACCUUCCUACGGAUGAGAGUACGACGCAGGGAGGGCCUCUAAGGGACUACACCAUUGGAGUGGCAGAUAGUAACCUGAUGGAUACCACCAUGAAAAAUGGAGAUGCAGCUGAUCAGCCAGGUGGCAGCCAGGAUGGUCUACUGUACAGCAGUCACACUGGUAGUGACCAUCAACUGCAGGAAAUCUACUACUCUGAUGGCGUGGAACAGUCUGCUGAUGAUGAAACUGACACCCUUCCAAGGCCAAACUGCAGUCAUUUCCCUGAAGUAGAGGUGUGUGACAGUGUGAUAAUGCUCGCUCAGAGACUCUACAGCUUACAAGCAAUCAUCGCCCAGCAGGACAGCCUGAUAGAGCUGCAGAACGCUCUUCAGUCCAAGACCAAGCAGCCUGCUCGUCACUACAGCAACGUGCUGCUUGAACAGGAGAAGCAGCGCAACUUGGAGAAACAGAAGGAGGAACUUGCCAAUUUGUACAAACUGCAGGCUCAGCAUCGAGAGGAGCAGCAACGCUGGGAGAAAGAGAGGGAGCGGCAGAGGAUCCAGAUCGAGACACUGGAGGCUCAGCUGCAACAGAGAGAGGAGGAGUGUGGGAAGUGGGAGAAGAAGUUGAACGAGGAGAAGGCCGAGCUGGAAAGGCAGAAGAAAAACUAUCAGCAGGACCUAGAGAGACUUAGGGAGUCCACAAGAUCAGUGGAGAAGGAUAAGGAGCGUCUGACUCAGGAGAAGGACCGUUUAGAGCAGCUGCAGGAGAAGUUAAGGUUAUACAUCUCAAACCCAGGACUCUCCAACUAUGAUGAUCCUGCACAAUCUUGGAGUCUCUUUAGCUACCCAUCGUUCAGGGGAAGCAUUGUGAACGGUGGUGGGACCUUAACUCCAAAGCCCAAGGCCGUGCCCACAAAUUUUUCUGAUUCUCUGGAAAUUCCUCCAAAAGUUCCACCACGCAAGGAGAGUAUCAGCCCUCAGCCAGUCAAACGCGAGCUGCCCAUCCACCUGAUCAGCACCACCAACCAGGUGCACAAUCCUACAGCUGUGCAGCAACAGAUCCCUACCAAGCUGGCAGCUCUGGCCAAAGGAAAGGAGAAAGGCUUCAAGACAAAGCCCUCCCACCAGAGAACACACAGCGCAGCUUCUAUAGACGUGAACCAGGUGCUGCCCAUCAGAGUGACGGGAAAAGAAGGAGGCAGUCUGAGAGCCAAAAGGAGCUCCAGUCCUCAAAGGAUCUGCCUGACAGACACUUUCAGACCACCAGGAUCUGCUCAGAACGUGAAGUCGUCACAGUCCUUCAGCACAAACAAACGGAGCAGCAGUGACACACCUCCACCAGCACCGCUUCCUUUCCCUAAAGAUGUCCUUGAAAAAGGAAAAGAGAAGGUAAUAUUCUUUUAAUCAUGAACUACAGACAGGAGUUUGGAUGACACCCUGUCAAGCUUACAGACUUCUACACAUGGAAACACUGAUGGACCUGUGAGAGGACAUUAUGCACGUCUUCAUGAUGUCUACAUGUGUCCAAGAGGCCAGUUACUGAUGUGGUAAUUUUACAGUGCAAAACAGCGGCUGCAGUUCAAAAUAUCUGGACCUGAAAACAAAGCAAAGAUGUUUGAUAAAGAUAAUAUUUUAAAUGAAGAUUUUAUGAGGAAAGAUUUUUCUGAGAUUUUAUUCUGUUUAUUUUAAAUGAAAGUGGGUUGUCUAUAACCACUUAGCACUCAUGUCUUAAGCUUUUUUUAUUUAAUGAAUGACAAACUGUGAGGAAGCUAUAGAUUUGACAAGUUUACAUCUGUUUAAAAUUGAAAUGCCAAGCACAGAUUUCAGAGUGAAUCAGAUGAUCUUGAUAUUUUUACAGUGGACCCCAGAUUGUGUGCAAAUUUCCAGGGUUUGUAGAAGAAUUUAAAACCUGACUGUAAACUUGUUAUUUGUAAAUGUAAAAUGGGACCUGUUGUGAACUGCUCACUGCAGGUAGUGACAGUCCACAGCACAAUAUCAACAGGAAUGUUUCAGUUUGCAGGCUGCUGAAACGUUGGAGACUAUAACCAGAAUGGUUUCUGGCAUUCAAUGUUAAAUAUGGAUCUGGAGUAAUGAAACAUUUAACAUUAUGUAAAUGAUUUUCUCUGGUAGAAACACAUUGUCCACUGUCAACUCAUGGUUCCAUGUAAAAUAUAUAACACACCCCAACUAACAGGUUAUGGAAUAAAAAAGUGGUUGAUUCUA